UGUUCUUUCAUGCCAUUCUUCUUCUUUUUAUUCACUCAAUUGUGUCUCUUUAAAUAGUUGAAUGUUACCUGUGUUUGAUUUUUGAUUUAUCCUUUUCACUAAAUUGUGCCUUCUAUCUAUAUUAACGCUAGCCGCAAAGGUUUGCUAAACAUUUUUAUCUUUAAGAAAAUCUUUCAUUCUCUCAACAAAUUACAUAAUUUGGACCAACUCAAAUUUGAAUAAUCACUAAUCCUAGUGGGCUUAUAGGUCCAUUAACAUUCCUCAUGUAGCUCUUGCUUGUACGUCAAGAAAGAAGUCACAAGAAUUGAGCUUCCUAGUAUCUCUUCUUAAUCGAAUCCAUCUCUUAUCUACGGUCCCUGAAACCUUAUACUAUGCCAUUGGCUUAUUUUACUUAGUAAGUCAACUAUCUCUUUGCCUCGGACCAGACUCUCUUUAGAUCGUCAUUUUCUCUCUGUCGACUAAAUUUUAAGAGUGGAAUGGGUAUAUUGCCUGGAUUUGAUGGCUUGAUCAACCAGAACACUCAACAGCUUCCUAAGGCUGAGUCUAAGAGAUCUGAGAAUGUGAAAUCUAAGUCAAGGUCAGAGAUAAGUACUCACGAGGAGAGAGAUGAGAUGAAGGAACAAUUAAAACUUUGGAGACAUGCAGAGAAGAAAGAACAAUGGCAAGAUGUCCCUGCUAAAGUGAAGGUGGAAACAGAAAAUGGUCUUUGUCAUGUGGACAUGGUAUUUACAUUAGGAUUGCCUCCUCAAGCAGCCUACGACGUGUUGACUAAUCCCGACAACCAACCAUACUCACGAAUAAUCAACCACCGCCACGAACUUCUGGAUAACGUAUCAAGAAAAGUGUUGACGGAUGAUGGAUCGAGUCAGACGGUGGAGGCGGAGAAAGCUGUGGCCUGGAAGUUUCUUUCGUGGUCUGGAACUAUCCCGAUAAGUCUCGAUUUCGUCGAAAACCGUAAAAAUCUUUAUGCAGUAUAUAUGAAAAGGAAAAUGAUGUUCAUGAAAACUUUUGAGGGUAGUUGGAAAUUGGAGCCAAUAUACGUGGAUUCAGAGCGCUUGUGCAAGGGCAUGAAGCCGAAAAGUCGAGAAGAAUACCGUAAAUGUAGUGGUGGACAAGGAAAGAUUGCGUCGAAGGUGACAAUGAACCAGACCUUUCAGCCUUCUUUUCCUUUUAAUCUGCCACCGCUUUCUUGGUACAUCCGUGAGAUCACCAUCAAGGUCACUAAGGCUCUGAUAGAAGAUCUUCAAGAUAUGGACGCCAAGCUCCGAGGUGUUUGAAAUACCCUCAAACAUUAAAUAGGUUUCUAAAUCCGAAGAGGACAAAUACUAAUCUUCAAAAUCACUUUAUUCAUCUUAAUUAAGUGUAUUCUUCUUUACCGAAUACAAAAAAUAUGAGUAUCGUGUUAAUAUUAACAUGUAAUUUUGAAAUAAAAAAUGUAUUACUUUAGCAUCA